AUGGUACUUUGUGUGUAUUUUUUGCUUUGGUGGCCUUUUCAUGGCGUGCUCUGUGAACGACCGGUGUUACUUGACUUUGCGACGGAAGGGAGGACCAAUGUUUUUGUGAGCAUAGUAGCGGCGCACUAUCGGGAGCUUGGGGCGUACGUAAAUAUCCGAGUUCAAAAUAGAAACUCGUCGGUAGCUACCCUGGAACAAAAGGAUUUAAUCGACAGUCUGGUAAGAAGCUCGUGUGCCGAGACGUUGACAACGGUUGCAUUCAGUGAUCUCCCGAUCGAGGAAGGAAGACCUGCGUAUUAUAAUGUGUUCCUCGUUCAGAAUUAUGCAUCAUUGUGUGAUCUGUUAAAUGGUAUGAGUUAUAGGACCCAUCACUUUCAUGGUUUGUACACUAUUUUCAUCCAAGAAUCAUCUCCGGAUUCGGUGGAAGAAGUUGUACAAAAGUUGUGGAGCCUUUGGAUCAUAAACGUCGUUGUGAUCGUACAGGAUCGCCGGAGAGAGACUGUUGCCUACACCUACGAUCCUUACGAAGAGAGUAAGUGUGAUACGGCCGAACCGAUAGAGAUCGGUCGGUACAUCGAUGGCACCUGGAGUACCCCGGUGAACGAUUGGUUCCCCGAUCGAACGGUGAAUUUUCACAACUGCCCUCUGAAGGUCGGUGUGGUCGAGGUAAAACCGUACUCAAUGUUUCGUCAAGAAGGCAACCUCACAGUGUACUAUGGGCUUGAGGUGUACGUUGCGGAAACUAUCGCUAAACGGUUAAACUUCUCGAUCCAGUACGAGAUGCCGAAGGACAACAUCAAAUGGGGUAUGCUGCAGCCCGGAAACAGCACCGGUUUGGUCGGAAUGAUUCAGCGACGGGAGGUAUCGUUCGGUUUCGGUAGUCUUGGAUUUUCCCAUAGCAGACACACGUACCUGAAAUGGAGCACACCCAGUCACGUGACGCAGAUGAUCAUGGGUAUACCGCCGAAGCGGGCGUACACGUCACUAGAGAAACUUUUUCAACCGUUCACCAUCGGCGCCUGGAUUUGUAUUGCCUUCGGCUAUACGAUGUUCGGGCUGAUGACACUUGUUUUGAUCAAACUAGACCUAAGCCACGCACGCGAACAUCUCCCCAACCCGCUGUACACGCUGUGGGUGUUGUUGAUGGGUGGAUCCGGGACUCACUUCCGGCUGGACAGCUGGCGUAUUUUCAUAAUUGGAUUCAUCAUCAACACGCUAGUCAUUCGAACGCUUUAUCAAGCGGGAAUGUUCGAGCGUCUGCAGGCAUCAGCCUCGCUGGCUUCGGACUUGGACACGAUAGAGGCGAUUAACAGGUCAGGACUUCACUACACGAUGUUUCGUUCUACAACACAAUUCUUUAAGGAUAACCCGCUGAUACCGACCAGCCAUGUUCGAGUGAUCCAGAAUGACAGGCAAAACUGGGAUGAAAUAUUGUAUGCCCUCUCGAAGGACAAGCUAGGCGGGGUCAUUCCACUACCGCUCGACUGCAUUGCGUACUACGUGAAGCGGUUCGGAAAGAAUGGAAUAGUUUACGUUGGCAAGCACACCGGGUUCACAUACCCAAUUGGUAUGCACUUCCCCAAGACGACGUCUCUGCAGGAGCCAUUUAAUGCCUGGAUUCACAAGCUACACGCGGUUGGCUUGAUCCGCUACUGGACGGAGGAAUUUCACGACAACCGGUACUGGACGAAUGACAAAGAAAAACCUGAACCGGCCAGCCUCAAGUGGAAUCAAAUUUCAGGUGCAUUUCUCAUGUGUGGUGCAAUGCUGCUGAUGGCCACGGUGGUAUUCUUCGGAGAGGUAAUUUACUUCUAUUAUUUCUCUGGCUCAUUGUGCAAACGAAAGAGUUGGUCGAAAAAAGGAAAAUGUUUUGCUUGUGAACGGCACUAG